AUGACUCUUGCAACCAUCCGAAAUAUCCCAUCCUCAAACAUUCGGAAUGUCCGUCCCCCACCCAUUCAUAUUAUCCCUUCUUCACUCAUCCUUCAUAUCCCUCCCUCACCCAUUCGUAAUAUCCCCCCUCACCCAACCGUAAUAUCCCUGCCUCACCCAUCCAUAAUAUCCCUCCCUCACCCAUCCGUAAUAUCCCUCCUUCACCCAUUCGUAAUAUCCCUCCUUCAUUCAUCCUUAAUAUCUCUCCCUCACCCAUUCGUAAUAUCCCUCCCUCACCCAACUGUAGUAUCCCUCCCUCACCCAUCCAUAAUUUCCCUUGCUCACCAAUUCGUAACAGCCCUCCCUCACCCAUUUGUAAUAUCCCUCCUUCACUCAUCCUUAAUAUCCCUCCCUCACCCAUUCGUAAUAUACCUCCCUCACUCAUUCGUAAUAUCCCUCCCUCACCCAUUCGUAAUAUACUGCCAUCACCCAUUCGUAAUAUCCCUCCUUCACUCAUCCUUCAUCCCGCCCUCACCCAUUCGUAAUCCCCUCCUCGCCCAUCCGCAAUAUCCUCCUUCAUUUAUCCUUAAUAUCUCUCCCUCAACCAUUCGUAAUAUCCCUCCCUCACCCAUUCGUAAUAUCCCUCCCUCAGCUACCCGUAAUACUCCACCCUCACCCAUUCGUAAUAUACCUCACCAACCCAUCCGUAAUAUCCCUCCCUCACCCAUUCAUAAUAUCCAUCCUUCACUCAUGCUUAAUAUCCCUCCCUCACGCAUCCGUAAUAUCCCUCCCUCACGCAUCCGUAAUAUCCCUCCCUCACCCAUUCGUAACAUCCCUCACUCACCCAUCCGUAAUAUCCCUACUUCACUCAUCUGUAAUAUCCCUACCUCACCUAUUCAUCCAUCACUCGUCUGUAAUAUCCCCCCUCACCCAUUCGUAUUAUCCCUCCCUCACCCAUUCGUAAUAUCCCUUCUUCACUCAUCCUUCAUAUCCCGCCCACAUCCAUUCAUAAUACCCUUCCCUCACCCAUCCGCAAUAUCCCUCCUUCAUUUAUCCUUAAUAUCUCUCCCUCAACCAUUCGUAAUAUCUCUCCCUCACCCAUCCGUAAUAUCCCUCCCUCACCUAUCCGUGAUUUCCCUUCCUCACCCAUCCGUAAUAUCCCUACUUCACACAUCUGUAAUAUCCCACCCUCAGCCAUGCAUAAUAUCCCUCCCUCAGCCACCUGUAAUAUCCCUCCCUCACCCAUUCGUAAUAUACCUAACUCACCCAUCCGUAAUAUCCCUCACUCACCCAUCCGUAAUAUCCCUACUUCACUCAUCUGUAAUAUCCCUACCUCACCUAUUCAUCCUUCACUCGUCUGUAAUAUCCCUCCCUCACCCAUUCGUAAUAUACCUCUUUCAUUCAUCCUUAAUAUCUCUCCCUUACCCAUUCGUAAUAUCCUUCCCUCAUCCAUUCGUAAUAUCCCUCCCUCACCCAUCCGUGAUAUCCCUCCCUCACCCAUUCGUAAUAUCCGUCCUUCACUCAUCCUUAAUAUCCCUCCCUCACCCAUUCGUAAUAUCCCUCCCUCACCCAUUUGUAAUAUCCCUCCUUCACUCAUCCUUAAUAUCCCUCCCUCACCCAUUCGUAAUAUACCUCCCUCACUCAUUCGUAAUAUCCCUCCCUCACCCAUUCGUAAUAUACUGCCAUCACCCAUUCGUAAUAUCCCUCCUUCACUCAUCCUUCAUAUCCCGCCCUCACCCAUUCGUAAUAUCCCUCCCUCGCCCAUCCGCAAUAUCCCUCCUUCAUUUAUCCUUAAUAUCUCUCCCUCAACCAUUCGUAAUAUCCCUCCCUCACCCAUUCGUAAUAUCCCUCCCUCAGCUACCCGUAAUACUCCACCCUCACCCAUUCGUAAUAUACCUCACCAACCCAUCCGUAAUAUCCUUCCCUCACCCAUUCAUAAUAUCCAUCCUUCACUCAUGCUUAAUAUCCUCCUCACGCAUCCGUAAUAUCCUCCCUCACACAUCCGUAAUAUCCCUCCCUCACCCAUUCAUAACAUCCCUCACUCACCCAUCCGUAAUAUCCCUACUUCACUCAUCUGUAAUAUCCCUACCUCACCUAUUCAUCCAUCACUCGUCUGUAAUAUCCCCCCCCACCCAUUCAUCCCCUCCCUCACCCAUUCGUAAUAUCCCUUCUUCACUCAUCCUUCAUAUCCCGCCCUCAUCCAUUCAUAAUACCCUUCCCUCACCCAUCCGCAAUAUCCCUCCUUCAUUUAUCCUUAAUAUCUCCCCUCAACCAUUCGUAAUAUCUCUCCCUCACCCAUCCGUAAUAUCCCUCCCUCACCUAUCCGUGAUUUCCUCCUCACCCAUCCGUAAUAUCCCUACUUCACACAUCUGUAAUAUCCCACCCUCAGCCAUGCAUAAUAUCCCUCCCUCAGCCACCUGUAAUAUCCCUCCCUCACCCAUUCGUAAUAUACCUAACUCACCCAUCCGUAAUAUCCCUCCCUCACCCAUUCGUAAUAUCCCUCCGUCACGCAUCCGUAAUAUCCCUCACUCACCCAUCCGUAAUAUCCCUACUUCACUCAUCUGUAAUAUCCCUACCUCACCUAUUCAUCCUUCACUCGUCUGUAAUAUCCCUCCCUCACCGAUUCGUAAUAUACCUCCUUCAUUCAUCCUUAAUAUCUCUCCCUUACCCAUUCGUAAUAUCCUUCCCUCAUCCAUUCGUAAUAUCCCUCCCUCACCCAUCCGUGAUAUCCCUCCCUCACCCAUUCGUAAUAUCCGUCCUUCACUCAUCCUUAAUAUCCCUCCCUCACCCAUUCGUAAUAUCCCUCCCUCACCCAUUUCCUCCGUAAUAUCUCUCCCUCACCCACGUAAUAUCCCUCCCUCACCCAAGCGUAAUAUCCCUCCCUCACCCACCCAUAAUAUCCCUACCUCACCCAUCCGUAAUAUCCCUCCCUCACCCAUUUGUAAUAUCCCUUCUUCACUCAUCCUUCAUAUCCCGCCCUCACCCAUUCGUAAUACCCCUCCCUCACCCAUCCGCAAUAUCACUCCUUCAUUUAUCCUUAAUAUCUCUCCCUCAACCAUUCGUAAUAUCCCUCCCUCACCCAUCCGUAAUAUCCCUCCCUCACCCAUCCGUGAUUUCCCUUCCUCACCCAUCCCCACCCGUAAUAUCCCCCCCUCACCCAUUCGUAAUAUACCUCACUCACCCAUUCGUAAUAUCCCUCCCUCACCCAUUCGUAAUAUCCCUCCUUCACUCAUGCUUAAUAUCCCACCCUCACGAAUCCGUAAUAUCCCUCCUUCAUGCAUCCUCAUUAUCCCUCCCUCACCCAUUCGUAAUAUCCCACCCUCACCCAUUCGUAAUAUCCCUUCUUCACUCAUCCUUCAUAUCCCUCCCUCACCCAUUCGUAAUAUCCCUCCCUCACCCAUCCGCUGUAUCCUUCCUUCAUUUAUCCUUAAUAUCUCUCCCUCACCCAUUCGUAAUAUCCAUCGCUCACCCAUUCGUAAUAUCCCUUCCUCACCCAUUCGUAACAUCCCUCCUUCAUUCAUCCUUAAUAUCUCUCCCUUACCCAUUCGUAAUAUCCCUCCCUCACCCAUUCGUAAUAUCCCUCCCUCACCCAUUCGUAAUAUCCCUUCUUCACUCAUCCUUCAUAUCCCUCCCUCACCCAUUCGUAAUACCCCUCCCUCACCCAUUCUUAAUAUCCCUCCCUCACCCAUCCGCAAUAUCCCCCUUCAUUUAUCCUUAAUUUCUCUCCCUCACCCAUCUGUAAUAUCCCUCCCUCACCCAUUCGUAUUAUCCCUCCCUCACCCAUCCGUAAUAUCCCUCCCUCACCCAUCCGUAAUAUCCAUCCCUCACCCAUUCGUAAUAUCCCUCCCUCACCCAUCCUUAAUAUCCCUCCCUCACCCAUCCGUAAUAUCCCUCCCUCACUCAUCUGUAAUAUCCCUCCCUCACCCAUCCGUAUAA